ACAGUCGACAUGUGUCAGUUUUAUGUUUUUAUAAAAAUAACCUUAAAUAAAUGAUAUAAUUAAAAAUGUAAACACAAGACAUUAAUAUAUUUAAAAUGUCUCCUAUUCACUUAGCUCAAUUAUGUUUAUUUAGUAUUGGUAUUUAUGCUUUUUCUUUAUUUACUUAUUUAGUUUUCUACUACGAUUUGUUUUCUACACUAUUUUUAGGUGAAAUACAGUCUGAAUAUGAUUUUAUUAUUGUGGGUUCUGGCACAGCUGGCUCAUUAAUAGGACAUAGAAUAGCAAAAGAAACUAACUACACAUUUAUAGUGUUAGAGGCCGGGGGCAGAGGCCAUUCCUUUCAUGAUAUUCCAGCAUUUGGCCCCUUAUUACACCAAUCUGUAUUUGAUUGGAAUUAUGAAACAGAACCACAAGAAAAUGCAUGCUUUGCAAUGGAAAAUUCUAGAUGUAAACAAACCCAAGGAAAAAUAUUAGGGGGAUCUUCAAAAUUGAACAAUAUGAUACAUAUUCGAGGCAACACAUCACACUAUGUUGAAUGGUUUCAUGGUAAAUACAACAAAAAAUACAUAGAGGACCAGUUUAAAUAUAUAGAAUCAAACAUUUUUCAUCUCAAUAAUAUAAAAUAUGACAGUAACCUCGGUGAAGCAGUGUUGAGAGCCGCCAAAGAAUUAAAUUUUAAGUUAUUAAAACAUGACUUUGGAAUUGGUUUCAUGAAAUCCAUUGUCACCCAAAAUCAGGGCAAAAGAUGGACCACAUCUUAUAAUCUAGAAACUUCGAAAUAUGUUUUUACAAAUGUUUUAGUUGAAAAAUUACUUUUUAUAAAAAAUAAAUGUAUUGGUGCUCAAAUUACUACUCCAAAGAGAAUGACGCUUUUUGCCAAAAAGGGUGUUAUCAUAAGUGCAGGAACAUUUAAUUCACCUAAAAUCCUGCAAUUGUCUGGUAUUGGACCAGAAAAGUUAUUAAAUUCUCUUAAUAUACCUGUUGUCAAAUCUUUGCCAGUUGGAAAAAACUUACAGGACCAUAUAGGUACAGGCUUAGACUUGGUACUAUUUAAUAAUUCACAAUCAAUCGAAAUGUUUGAUAUUAUGAAUCUGUGGAAUGUAUUCCAAUAUUUUUUUAAUGGUAAGGGACCUCUCACUACACCAGGAUGUGAAGUAAUAGGGUUUAUUUCAACAAAAAAUGAGACAUCACCAAAUCUGCAAUUCAUGGUAUUGCCAGUUGGCAUAUCAGCGGAUAGGGGUAGUCAUUUGAGAAAAACGUUAAAAAUAAGAGAUACUGUAUGGAACGACUAUUUUAGUAAAAUUUUUGAUAAAUACACAGCAACGUUUUUAACUUUACUACUACACCCUAAAAGUAAGGGUGAAGUGCGCAUACAAAGUAAAAAUCCUACUGUACCUCCACUUAUAGAUCCUAAAUAUCUGUCCCACAAAGAUGAUUUAAGAACAAUAGUAAAUGGUGUUCAUAUGAUAAGAAAACUUAUUGAAACAGAAUCUUUAAAAAAUAUAGGAGCUCAUUUAAAUAACAUUCCGUUCCCUGGAUGUGAAAACUUCGAAAUGUUUUCAAAUUUAUACCUAGAAUGUUAUGUAAAGCAUCUUACGUUAACAAGCUACCAUCCAGUAGGAACGUGUGCGAUGGGUCUGCCUGAAACGAAGAAUUCUGUUGUUGAUACAACAUUUAAAGUUUUAGGAAUUGACAAUCUGUAUGUUGUCGAUGCUUCAGUGCUGCCAACAUUGCCAAGUGGUAAUAUUAACGCGGCAAUAGCUAUGAUGGCUAAUAUAUUUUUUGAAAAUAAUUUUAAAGAAAUUUUGAAUAUUAAUAAAGUAGAUUUCUGUAAUAAAAUUUCUUUUCGUGAUUUUUUAUUAAAUACUUGCCCAGUGAGAUGAAAAAAAUUUUUAAAUUAUAGAAUUACCAGGAAGUAUCACCCGUUCAUUUUUACACUGUUACUAUUUAUUACGAAACCUAUUGUACGAGAUUUAUAUAACUUAUGAAUAGAUGUAAUCCAUACCAGUAGGGCUAAGUAGGUAGGUACUGAUUAAAGUUAUCCAGUAAUACGUAUACUUAUUUUGUUUUAGAGAAACCAAAAAAGGCAAAACACACAAA